CGCAGUGCCACCCCCGAAGUUCAUUUACAUCGACGUCGGCUAGCUUCGUACGCCUCGUCCGCUAUCAAGGUCACACUAAGAACUUAAUAAUUGCAAUUUUCCAGGUUUCUGAGAAAGAUAGACGAACCGACAUGAUCGGUAGGCUAGUGCUUCUAUCGGUCCUGGCUAUCGGCUGGGUUGACGCCCAGGCAUACAAGCACGAGUACCAAAAUGAGUUCACGGCUGACAACGAGUUCCUCCUUAAACAGAAACGCGUCUACCAAAUCCUCUACCAUUUCACGCAACCUGAGAUCAAGACUGAACUUUAUAAGGAGGGUGAGGAGUACAAUAUCGAGGCUCAUUUGGACAGCUACACUAACAAAGAAGCAGUGACGGAGUUCCUGCACCACCUGCAACAUGGCUUCCUCUCCCACGACAGCAUUUUCUCCAUCUACUAUCCAAGGGACAUCCACGAAGCGACCCACGUGUUCCGGCUCUUCUACUACGCCAAGGACUUUGACACCUUUUAUAAGACUGCCCUCUUCUGUCGCAACAGGCUCAACCAUCAACUCUUCUUCUUCACUUUCUAUCUCGCGAUUAUACACAGACCCGACACCAGCUACAUCAGGUUGCCACCUAUCUACGAGCUCGGGCCCUAUUACUUCUAUAACUCUGAGCUGCUCCAGAAGGCACAUCAUCCCAAGGAGACCGGCAAAUUAUAUCAAAAGCACAGCGCCGGCUACGACACGUAUAUCAUCCCCUACAAUUACUCGAACUUCUACCUGACGGACGAGUAUAACUACGAUCAGCGCCUCAACUACUUCACGGAGGACAUUGGCCUCAACAACUUCUACUUCUUCCUUCGAACACAAUAUCCAUCCUUCCUAAGUGGCGACGAAAUCAACUUACCCAAGAACUCCCGUGGCGAGGCUUACCUUUACAUACACAAGCUGCUAUACAAUCGAUAUUACCUCGAGCGUCUAUCCAAUGAUCUGGGAAAGAUCGAAGAUUACGACUACAGCAGGCCAUUUUAUCCAGGAUUUUGGCCAACUUUGUCCUACCCGAACGGCCUGCCAUUCCCAUCCAGGCCGUCCAACAGCUACUUCCCGAAAACCAAGUACCAUCAAAUUCACGAAAGCAAGGAAUACGAGAGCAGAAUCAGCCAGGCCGUGGACUCGGGCAUCGUCCUAACGAAGGAGGCCAAGACCUCCAAGAUCUACACCCCCGACGGUCUCGACAUUCUAGGUAACAUAAUCGAGGGCAACGCCGACUCCUACAAUCCACAAUACUACGGCAGCAUCGACUCGCUCGGUCGCGAUAUCCUCGGCUUUAGCGGCGUACCCCUCACCUCGGAGAAGCUCCAGCCCAGUGCCCUUCAGCAGUACACAACCAGCUUGCGCGAUCCUGCCUUUUGGCGACUCUACAAGAGAAUCUUCCACUACUACUCCAAGUACAAGUUCAACCAGAAGCCCUACAAGCCCGAAGAGAUUCAGUUCCCGGAUCUGCAAAUAAAAUCUGUCUCAACCGACAAGCUCAUAACCUACUUCGACCAUUUCGACGCGACGAUAAGCAACGGCCUGGCCGUCUCUAACGAACAAGAGGCCGAGUCCUACCUGAUUCAGGUGCGUCAGCACCGCCUCAAUCAUAAGCCCUUCAACGUCUACAUCAACAUCAACGCCGAGAAGAUGACCAAGGCUGCGAUCAGGAUUUUCCUCGGGCCCAAAUAUAAUGUCCACAUGAAGGAGAUCGACUUUACGGAGCAUCACAAUGAAUUUCUCGAGCUCGACAACUUCGUUUACGACCUGAGCCCCGGGGCGAACGCGAUAGUGCGCAACUGUCACGACUUUAAGAUCGUGGGCCACGACCCGGAGCCGAGCGAGAUCUUCUACAAGAGGGUCCUCAAGGCAUUAAACGGGGCCGAGCAGCUCAAGCUCCAGAGUCGGAUCCUCGCCUUCCCUGAGCGUCUCAUCCUCCCCAGGGGCAAACCCGAGGGCCUCGCGUUCAAGCUAUUCGUGUUCGUCUCGCCGGUGUCGGAACUCAAAACCUACAAGUUGAGAGUCUUCGGGGACUCCAUCAUCGACACACGGCCCUUCGGCUAUCCCCUCGACAGGCCCAUAAGUGACAUUGACUUCCACGGGCCCAACUUCUCCUUACAAGACAUUUUCAUUUACCACAAGCUCGAGCACGACCCAACCGUCGUCUACUAAGUGCCCCCCCCCCUCCAGAGUAGUGGGCCGACAUGCCGUA